AUGAAGUGGAACUCAACGAAGCCCGUCACCAUGGACGUUGCCUCCACUUUUCCUGUGAAGCCAACUGAGAGUGGAACCCUGCGAAUACUGACAGUAAAUGGAGAAGAGAUUCUGGUGAGUUUUUGGGCCUCUGAUACAGUGCUGGUACUGAAGAAGAGGCUUCAAGAGCUUCUUGUGGAUGGCAGCUCGGAACUGCCAUGUUCUGCCAUGCGCUUGAUCUUUGGUACUGAUGUCUUGUUGGAUAACUGGAUCUUGGGUGAUCACGGAGUGGUUGAUGGACACCAGCUUACACUAGUUCUUUCACCAGCUCCCAUUGGCCUCUUUCGAAACAGCGCACCCUCCGCGGCAUCGGGACUGGGCCUUUCUGCUUCGGUGUGCGCGUCCUUUGCACAAGAUGGGUCCUUUGAGAUCACUAUAGACGAGACGAUGUUCUCUGCUGACGCCUUCGAGCCGCCCAUGUGCUUUCAACAUUCCUAUCAUGGCACUGUUGCUGCUGAAGUGGACUGCUUUCAGAUGACCAUCACGGAGCACCGGUGGUCGGGUCCAGUCCCUCCGGAUGGACGACAUCGAUCCAUCGAUGGCGUGCUGACUGGAGAGUUCUGUGAAGAUGGUAGUGAGCUGAAACUCCACCUGCCAGUAUCUGGGCGGCUCGGACUGAAGGAAGACGACUUCACCUGGAUCACCCUAUUUCGGGAACCGCCCGGCGGUGAAAAAGCAGAGCUAAGCAGCGACCGUGGGAUACCGUGGAUGUUAGAGCUCGUGAGAGCUCGGCGUUUGGAAAUGAAAACGGCAUGUUUUCAUUUUUUGUCACAUGAUUUGUGUGUGUGCCUUGGAUCAAGCUUGUUCACGGUGGUUUUGGGUUGCCAACCUGUUUGA